GAAAAAAAGACGUAAAAAAUGGUUCUCCAAAGUGGCCCUAAUGCUCGCAACAAGAACCAAUUAGCCAAAUACUCAGAGGAAGGCUCAUCUAGGAGCAUGCACAUGUGCAACACGGCGGCGGCGGGAGUUGACAACCCGCAGCCUAUCCCUCACAUCGGCGGCGGCCGUGACUGCGGUCACUUCAUUGAUGACAAGAUGCACCAUGCCGGAUAUAGUAGCGUUGCUUUCAAGCCGGUAAACUCCGACCAACAAAGCAAAGAACAAUGUUACGAUGAUGACGUGCACGGUUUUGGCGGCGACGGGCAAGACGGCAGCUCAGUUGACUACCAACAUCGGCCGCCGCCACAUGGGCAAAAUGGGAUGAAUCAUCCGUUUACCAUUGCGGAGAGCAAUAAGCUAAUGAGCGGCGGCACCGGAAUACAAAUUGUUGAUGGUAUUAUUCGUUAUCCUACGUAUAAGGAGGAGCAAAUAAUCAAGGAACAUCAAAUGCGACGUCCGAAUAUUUACUUCAAUCGAUCAAGCAUUAAUAUUGAUGAUUAAUUGAAUUGAAUAUGGAAGGAUUCGAUCUCGUUUAAAUCGUGUAUAUAUGUAUAUAAAUCCAAUAAUUUCCGCAAAUUGCCAGAUUCUACCGUAAAAGGUAUCAAUGUAUCAUACAUUGUCCAUAUAAAUUAAUCAAG